AUGGUGUCCUUUCUGAACUCACUAUCCCGCAAGUCUGUCUUGAAACCCACUGAUGAAGGGCCGAACGGUGAUCACUCACCAUCUGGCUCAAGUGCAAACCCCAGAUCGAGUCUAAGCCUAAAUUCACGGAACAGCAUACGUGCAAGUGUUAGAGCAUUUUCUCCCAAUGCAUCAAGCCCUGAGAUCAAAGAACCAAAUAGUAGCAACAAGAACAGUAGCAGCAGCAAUAGCAACAAUGCUGGCAAACGUAGCUCACGAUUUGCUCCGUCUUCCGGAACCACAACUGCAUCGACAACAUCCAUCAGAUCCAGCAUUACAGAACAUAGCAAUCUCACUUCUGCGCCAUCACUAUCACAGAUGCCAUUGGUGAAGAGGGCACCAGUAUCUGCAGUCAACACCAGCGUGAACCACUCGCUAUCCAACAAUCAUACUCCUGUCAGUUCAAAUAAUGAGGACAGUAGUAUUCAAACAAAACCUCCCAAGAUCAAAGAUCCUAGUAUUUCACGUGAAAUUGAAAAUUUGAGAACCUCUUAUAGACAGCAGAACUUUUGGAAAUAUCACAUAGUGAAGCUAGCACCGCACGAGUUUUACAUGACCACAAAUCCGGACAAACGUCAUCGGUUCAUAAGGAACGCACCGAGUUAUUUUGUCAAGCUCGAACUACCGACAGAAGCCAACAGUGGUGAUAAAAAUGUGAAGGGAGAGGAAAAGAAAAAGUCUACGUUUACCUCUGCAUUUAAGAACCGAAGUCAAGUUGACAAAGGAUUUCGACUGGUCUUCACUCAACAGCAGGUGAUCGGUAUCAACGGAUAUGACGGAUGCUACAGACCUUUUGUGAUUGAGAAAGUACCGAAGGAACUCGGAGGACACUAUAAGAUCAGUUGCCAGUAUAAUGAGUUUCAGCAAGAUUGGAAUCUCCACAACAACGUCAACGAAAACAACAGCAAAAGUGUCCGAAACUUGAACUUCCAAUUUACUAACAGCAACGCUAAGCCGUCGAAAAACAUCAAUAACCCGUAUGCGGACGCAGAUGAAGCGAAAAAGGAUAAAGAAAAGGAGAAAGAUAAGGCGGCUAAUAUUUAUGAUGCUGCUAAUAAUCUCGUUUUGGCUGAUGAUUACACAAUGGGAGACUUUUUGCACGUAUGUGUGAUAAAGGAGAAAAAAAAAUCGUUAUUCAUCAAGAGCAAAUUUGACGGCGUGAAACUCGCCAAGCCCGGAUCUGUUUACUUUUUAGAUACUGGCUUUUUCAAGCAAAGAAAAUGGUUUGACCCAAUAGUUUCCGUGUUUAGGCCCUGUAAUAGGGACGUCAAGAAUAAGUUGACCAAGUCAAUGCUGGUGAACUCAAAAUUCAACAUGAAUUUGUCUGAUUCAAAGAAGUUGUUUAGUGCAAACAAGCUUAAUGUUGAUUUCUCCAACAUAAACUUGAAGGAUGGCCGUAAACACGACCAUGACGAUGAUGUUGACGAUGACGAUGAUGAUUUCGACUACGAUAACGAUGAAGAUGAGGACGAGGAAAUGUCAGAGAAUGUUACUGACUUGGAUAAUCCAGCAGGUUCCAAUUACGACAAAUUUUACAAUGCCAAGGACGGCUUCUACAGCCGACAUCCGAAGGACGACUCACCGAACGACUAUAAAAUUGGAUGGCUCACGAUAUAUGAAAAGGGCAGAUAUUUUGAAAAAAUUCCUAACGGAGGAAAUUGGCAGAUGGUGCUGGGUCUCACUUUUGCUACAGGCUUUGAAAAGAUGAUCGACAAAUAUAUCAAGGAUCUUGCGGAGGUCUCAUGA